AUCUAAACGCUGUCUUGGAAAAGCAACAUUUACUGGAACAGACACAGAUUUCUGUGCAUCCAUAUUACCACUCCCUGGGAACAGCUCUGUAUGGAGAAGAAAGACCAACUACCAAGAUGCCAGACCCCAUUGCGGUGCCACUAGAUCCAUAUGUCUGGCAGUUUUUACAAAGGGAGGCUAAACUGAUCCAAGACAUAAACCAGGAAAUGUCAAUUUGCCAUUGUGAGCUAAAAUGGCCCCAGACAGACUGUGCACACCCAGAAAUUAUGUUGUGCCCAUCGUCAUCUCUCUCUGAGCAGAAAAAGCCAAUGAUGAAGUUGAUCAAGACAUGGAAGCAAGAUGCUUCUGCUGAGUUCUCAUGUAUCAUGGCACGUUACAUAGCUAUAAAAUGUAAAGUAAAUUCAGUGGAUUGGGGAGACGUGAAAAGCAGAUUGGUGAAAGAUGUUGCUUUGAUCAUAACUGAUAUUUCUGAGGAGAUGGUGGUGAUUGCAGGUAACAGAGCAGCAGUGGACAGUGCAGAGAAAGAAGUGAGUGAAUGCAUGGAAAAAGCUAUGAAGCAAAGUGAAAGGGAAAAACAAAGCAUAGAAAUUUCUGUGUCAGUGACCCAAGGGAAGUAUGCUGUUCUGCACAAUGCUGGGCUAGAAGAGAAUAUUCACAAAGAAUAUCCAUGCUUAAAGAUCUUUUAUGAUGACAUAAAAAAAACUGUUCAGUUGUGUGGAUUACCUGCAGAAGUAUAUAAAGUCAAAGCUGACUUACUGGAAAAGGUAUUGAAUAUGCCAUGUGCAUCAGUUACCAUUGAUCCCCAUAUUUUCUGCUAUCUACAGCAUGUAGAUAAUAAAACAAUGUCAGAGACAUUAUUCACUAGCAAAAAAAUUAAUACUUUUUAUGAGCUUGGGGAUGAUACUAUGUUACUAUUUGGAGAUGCUCCCAAGGAUCUUUUAGAAGCAGAAGAGCAAAUAAAGGCAGAGUUAGACUAUGAGUGUAUCCAUGUGGAGGACAGUGAGGCCAUUAAAAAGGAGCAGUGGAGGAGUCUUCUUGCCUCCUUGUGUAAGAAGUACAAUUCUUCCCAGGAAACUGUAGUCAUUGAUGAACUUGCUGGAAAAGAAAAUAAAGUGAUUAUUUCUGGCUUUUCUAAGGCUGUUACAGAAGUUUCUGAAAAACUUAAUGAUUUUAUAGAUAGAAACACACACGUGGAAAAAGUAGUCCCGGCUAAGUCGGUGGUGGUAGUGCAGUUUGUAGAGAAGGAAAAAUCUGGUGUUUAUCUUGAAUUGAGGAAGAAAGGUGUGACAGUGCAUUUUGACACCAAGGCACUGUGUAUUUCCCUGAGCGGACCAAGGGCAGAAGUGCCAAAAGCAGUCACCAUGUUUGAAAAAAUUCUCUCAUCCCUUUACUCAAAAAAUGUGCCAAUUGAUAAACCAGGAGCCAAAGAGUUCUUCACUGAGAGGAAAGAUUCAUGUGUUCUUGAGGCAAAGCAGAAAUUUAGCUGUUUGAUUAGGCUGGAAGAAGAAGAGCAACAACAACAACAGAAGGGUGAAAAAGUUGGUGAUAAAGAGAAAAGAAAGCUCUACUGCAAGAAAAAGCUGCCAGGUGGAGUUGUAGUAGCAGUGUAUAAAGGUAACUUGUGUGAUUAUCCUGUUGACAUUGUGGUAAAUGCAUCUAAUGAAGACUUGAAACACAUCGGUGGCCUUGCUGAGGCACUGUUAAAAGCAGCUGGUCCAGAGCUGCAACAGGAGUGUGACAAGCUGGUGAGGAGGAACGGGAGUUUGCAGCCUGGGUGCGCAGUUAUCACUGGCGCUGGGAAACUCCCCUGCAAGAACAUCGUUCAUGCUGUUGGGCCGAGGUGGAGGAAUGAUGGAGAAGAAGAAUGCGUGUGCUUGUUAAAAAAAACAGUGAAGAAAAGUCUACAGCUAGCCGAAACAUACAAUCAUCAUUCCAUAGCUCUGCCUGCCAUAAGCGGAGGGAUUUUUGGCUUCCCCCUGGAACUGUGUACAUAUUCGAUUGUAUCCUCCAUCAAAGAGACCUUGGAAGAAUCCAUGGGGGACAGCAGCUUGAAGGAGAUUCAUCUUGUGGAUGAUGUGGAAGAAAGAGUCCAGGUUCUGAGUGAGGCAGUAAAUAAAGUCUUUACAGCUAAAUCACCCAUCCCAAUACUGCAGAUGCCACGCUCAGAAAAACAUAAGCUGAGAGAAAGCCAGAAGGAGAAGAGAAAAGAGGAUCUGCAGAUGGCUAGAGAUGAUCCGCGGAUGAUUACAACAAACGAAGGACUUCGCAUCCGAGUAGAGGAGAAAAACGUUCAGGAAGCCACGACGGAUGUUAUUGUCAACAGUGUUGGCACAGAUCUGAAGUUUGGCGUGGGGCCUCUUUGCAAAGCCUUGCUGGAAAAGGCUGGACCAGCGCUCCAAGUGGAGUUUGACAAAGAAGAACAAAGCCAGAUUGCUGCUCAAGGGAGUGUGCUCUGCACCAGUGGAUAUGGUCUGCCCUGCAAGUCCGUGCUUCAUGCCAUACUUCCCACAUGGGAUGGAGGAAAAGGACAGACCCUGAAGAUCCUAGAAGAUAUAAUCAAUUCCUGCUUGAAGAAAACUGAAGAACUUGGACUGAAAUCGAUCACUUUCCCAGCUAUUGGAACUGGAGGAUUUGGAUUUCCUAAAGUCGUUGUUUCUAAGUUAAUGUUUGAUGUGGCAUUCAAGUUCAGUAGCAGUCACACUCGGAAGACUCUCAAGGAAGUUCAUUUUGUCUUGAAUCCAAAAGAUGUGGAUAACGUUCAGACAUUUACCAGUGAACUAGAACGUAGGGUAGCUGGAAGGUGCAAUGCUGCAGCACCACGAUCAGGUUUCAUUAGGCAUGUUUCAACUGAAGUAUUGGGAGUUCAUGAAAUGCAGAUUGGUUCCAUUACACUGCAAGUAAUUAGUGGAGAUAUUACCAAGGAAGAUACUGAGGUUAUUGUAAACAUAUCAAAUCCAACAUUCAAUGCCACAUCAGGAGUCUUCAAAGCAAUUAUGGAUGCUGCUGGUUCCCAGGUAGAAGAAGAAUGUGCUCAGUAUGCUGGGCAGUCUCAAAGUGGCUUUAUUAUUACACAAGGCGGGAAACUGUUGUGCAGUAAAAUCAUCCACUUGAUUCACGAUAACGACAUCAAGAGUCAGGUCUCCAAAGUGCUUAACACGUGUGAGCUACGGAUGUACACAUCAGUUGCUUUCCCAGCAAUUGGAACAGGUCAAGCAGGACAGAGUCCAGCAAAGGUAGCUGAUGACAUGUUGGAUGCUAUAGUGGAAUUUGCAAGCAAAAGAUCAGUACAGCAUUUGAAAAAAAUUAAAAUCGUCAUCUUCCAGACAAAGAUGCUCAGAGACUUUUAUGAAAGCAUGAAGAAAAGAGAAGAUUCAGAUCCGUCUACAGCAGAUUCAUGGAUGUCUCGGUUUAAAUCAUUUUUUUGGGGCAAAACCCAACCCACUGAGAAGAAAAAGCCCAUGGUUUUGGAGAAGAAAGUUGAUCUGGCCACAUUUCAAAUUUGUGGAGAAAGCCAAAAAAAUGUGGAUGCAACUGAGUCCUGGAUAAAGAAUUUAAUUUUAAAGGAACAGUUUGAAAACAUUAUUUCAGAUGAGCGAAUUGAAAACUUUGAUGAGAGUCAAAUUAACACUUUGGCAGAUCUCCAGAGAAGAAAGCAUGUUACCAUUCAGAUUGAAAAUAAACUUUCCCCCCCUCACAUUAAAAUUUCUGGUAUUAGCAGGGACGUCUGUUUUGUUUCUGUGGAAGUUCAAAAAAUGAUCAAAAAUAUGAAGGAUAUUGAAGAAGAACAAUCCAAGGCAGAACUUGUUUAUAACCUGGUAGAAUGGAGAUAUCUAGGAAGAAAUGAUAGCUUUGUUGCUUUUGACAAACUGACAAAUAUGCAGCUAGAGGAUGCCAAAAUAGCUAAAAAACCACAUCUCACUGUCAAAAUUAACAAGAAGAACUACAAGGUGGAUCUGAAUACUCUACAGGGUAUAGAUGACCAAGGAAGAACUAUAAAAGUUCAACGUGUGCCAAAGAAUGAAGAUAAGCAGUUAAUAGAGUUACCUGCGCAGUGGGAUGACAUGCGAAAGGAACUGGUCAAACUGGUAAAGCUCAAGCCAUCACAUCAGGAAUAUCUGGAAGUUGAGACCAAAUUUAAGAAAACCUGUCCCGGCUUUGUCAUAGAGAAGAUUGAAAGAAUACAAAAUCCCUUCCUCUGGCAGCAAUACCAAAUUAAAAAAAAAUCUCUCUGUACGAAGAAUGGAAGUCAAAAUAAUGAGAAGUUGCUAUUUCAUGGGACAGCUUCAUCCUCAUUGAGCACAAUCAACUACAAUGGAUUUAAUCGUGGGUUUGCUGGAAAGAAUGCUGCAGCCAUUGGAAAUGGAACCUACUUUGCUGUUGAUGCACGUUAUUCUGCUCAGGACACUUAUUCCGUAUUGGAUCAGGAUGGCAGAAAAUACAUGUACUUGGCUCGGGUCCUCACUGGGCAGUACUGUGCUGGGAGCAAAGGACUAAUCACUCCACCACCAAAAAACCCAGCAGAUCCUACUGACCUGUAUGACAGCGUGGUUGAUAAUGUGAAUAAUCCAACGAUGUUUGUCAUAUUUAAUGACAUUCAGGCAUAUCCUGAACACCUCAUUACUUUCAGAAAAUAG